AUGGCUUGGUUGUCAUGGAUGUGCCUCCUCUUCAUGUUCUUUAAUACUUGUUCAUCAUCUAACUCUUCCUCUUCUCUGUCUUCAAAGCAUUUAUGCCAUCCUGACGAUAGCUCUGCUUUGCUUCAAUUCAAGAACUCCUUCUAUUCUAAUGGGACAAUUUUUUGGGAUAAAGGCAAGGAUUGUUGUGAAUGGAGUGGAGUUACUUGUGGAAAGGUGACUGGUCAUGUGAUCGGUCUCAACCUUGGUCUUAGUGGACUUCAAGGCAAUAUUCAUUCCAAUAGCAGUUUAUUCUUUCUUCGGCAUCUCAAUAGGUUAGAUAUCUCGAACAAUGAUUUCAGAGGUUCCCCAAUUUUGUCCAAGUUUGGUGGAUUUGAAAGUUUAACAUACCUUGACCUCUCUUUCUCUAAUUUCAAUGGGCCAGUCCCCCUAGAAAUUUCCCACCUUUCCAACUUAGUUUCACUCAAUCUCUCGCUACCUGAUGUGCGACUAGAUACUCUUAGCUUCAACAGAAUUGUUCAAAACCUAACCAAUCUUAGGGAGCUUAAUCUAUACACUAUUGACAUGUCAUCAGUUGUACUUGAUUCCUUCAACAAUCUGUCUUCUUCUUUGAACACCCUUAGACUCUCUAGGUGCAACUUGCAAGGAAAAUUUCCAGAAAGCAUUUUACGCCGACCAAACCUUCGAUCACUAUAUCUAGGUUAUAACCGUAAUCUCACAAGUUAUUUCCCCAAGUCUAACUGGAGCAGUCCAUUCGAAACCUUGCGGCUCUCUUAUACUAGAAUCUCAUUGGACCUCUCACAUAACGGUUUUGGGGGCCAAAUUCCAUGGUCGCUUCUAACGCUGGAGAGACUCACUAACUUGGAUCUUAGUGGUAACAAUUAUGUCGGUCAGUUUCCAGAAGUUGAUAGAAACUCGACAUCUAUCUCUUCUUUAUAUGAUUUUUCAGAAAAACAACAGGUGGUUCCUAUUCCUCAACACUUAACCAAGCUCGAUUUAUUUGAGAACUUACUCAACGGAACAAUACCAUCUUGGUUAGGUAGUUUGCCAUCAUUGGAGCAUGAUUCCAAUUUUGAACUUGAGAAGGUUACGGAGCUUGAUCUAUCAUCCAAUAACUUGAGUGGCAUUGUAGAGUUUGAAAAGUUUUCAAAACUCCAAAGUCUUUCUUACCUUAAUCUUUCCUCUAACCAUCUAUCCUUGAGUUUCCACCAUUUGAGUAACAACACUUGGCCUCAACUUUCGAUCCUAGCUUUGUCGUCUUGCAACAUCGUGUUCCCAUACUUUCUAAGAGCCUCACCAAACUUGGAGACGUUAGACCUUUCCCACAACAAAAUUCAAGGCGAAGUUCCCAAAUGGUUGUCAGAUGUGGUUAAAGAUUCGUUGAGGCAAUUGGAUCUUUCUUACAACUUUUUCACAGGUGCUGUAAGACAAUUUCGAUGGAAAAACCUUCGAUAUCUUAACCUUGGCAGCAAUUCGCUCCAAGGAGAGCUUCCAAUUCCACCACCUUCCACAUUUUUCUUUUUCAUAUCAAACAACCAAUUGACUGGAGAGAUACCUCCAACCAUUUGCAGCUUGAGUAGACUUCAAAUCCUUGAUUUGUCUAAUAAUAAAUUGAGUGGUAAAAUUCAUCAGUGCUUAGGAAACUUCAGUCAAAGCCUCUCUAUUUUGGAUUUGAGGAAGAAUAAAUUUGAUGGCAUGAUUCCUAUGACAUUUUCUAAGGGAAAUGUUUUGAGAAAUCUUGGCCUUGAUGGAAAUCAAUUGGAAGGACCCUUGCCACCAUCUUUGCUCACAUGUAGAGAUUUGGAAGUUCUAGACGUGGGAAACAACAAAAUUCAUGACACCUUCCCUAAUUGGCUGGAAUCUCUUCCCAAGUUGCAAGUUCUUAUCUUGAGGUCUGACAAAUUCCAUGGUGCAAUAGGAAAUCCGACAUCUAAGUUUCCAUUCCAAAAAUUGCACAUCAUGGACCUCUCCCACAAUCUGUUUAGUGGUCUUUUGCCAACAAAAUAUUUUGAAAAUUUAGCUGGGCUUAACUUUUCAAAUAAUGAGCUUACAGGUACAAUUCCACCCUCAUUUGGCGAAUUGAGCAAUCUUGAAUGGUUAGAUCUCUCUUCAAAUGGACUUGUUGGUGAGAUUCCGGGGCAAUCACUAUCAAGGUUCAACGUUUCAGAAAACCGACUUGUUGGGCCCAUACCUAAUGGAAAGCAAUUUGAUACAUUUGAAAAUGAUUCAUAUAGUGGAAAUACAGGAUUGUGUGGAUUGCCACUUUCUAAAACAUGUGGUGCACAUCAAUCACCACCAUCGUCAUUCAGACAAGAGGGUGAUUUGGAGCACAGGAAUGGUUUUGAUUGGAAGGUAGUGUUGAUGGGGUAUGCAUCUGGGGUGGUAAUUGGAAUAUCUGUGGGAUAUCUUGUACUCUCUAAUGGAAAACCAAAUUGGCUUGUGAAAGUGGUAGGAAGAAAGCAAUAUCGUAGAACUAUGGAAAUCACACAACGAUGUACUUGA